CAGCUCUCAGUCAGACUGAGUCAGUUUGUCAGGAGAACUCAGGAACAUGGCUUCAUCCUUCCUCUGCCUCAGCCUCCUCUUCAUCAGCCUCAGCACAGCAGAUGGAUUCAUGAAUUAUGUGGUGUCUCGCUGUGACUUUAACUCCACUGAGCUGAAGGACAUCCAGUACAUCAACUCUUACUAUUACAACAUGAUGGAGGUCGUCAGGUUUGACAGCAAUGUGGGAGAGUAUGUUGGAUACACUGACUUUGGAGUGAAGCAGGCAAAGUACUUUAACAGUAUUCCAGGACGGCUGGCUUCAGACAGAGCUCAGAAGGAGACGUACUGCCAUAACAACAUUGGUGUUGACUACAGCAACAUUCUGUCUAAAUCAGCUAAGCCGUACGUCAGACUUCACUCCAGUACGCCUCCUUCUGGUAUCCAUCAAGCCAUGUUGGUCUGCAGCGUCUAUGACUUCUACCCCAAAUACAUCAAAGUGAGCUGGCUGAGAGAUGGACAGGAAGUCAGCGCUGAUGUCACUUCCACUGAGGAGAUGGCAGAUGGUGAUUGGUACUACCAGACCCACUCACACCUGGAGUACACACCCAGGUCUGGGGAGAAGAUCUCCUGUAAGGUGGAGCACGCCAGCCUGGACAAACCUCUGAUCACUGACUGGGAUCCCUCCUCGUCCAUGCCUGAGUCAGAGAGGAACAAGCUCGCCAUCGGAGCCUCAGGACUGAUCCUGGGUCUGAUCUUAUCUCUGGCUGGAUUCAUCUACUACAAGAGGAAGGCCCGAGGUCGUAUCCUGGUUCCCACUAACUGAGCCUGUUCCUGGUCCUGUUUCUGUCUGAUGUUAUAAAAGCUGCUGCUUCCUGUGUUCAGACUGAUGAUGAUGAUGAUGAUGAUGAUGAUGAUCUCUGUCUGGACUCUGAUCCAGGACCAUCUCAGUGUUGUUGGUGGUUGUGGUUUCACUGGGAUGAUCCUGGAUCAGGUCUAAUGUAGACUCUGCUGUUUGAUGCUUUACCUCUGCUGUUUAAUCCAUGUGAUGUAAUCCCUGUAAUCCAUGUCUCUGAAUGAUUUGGGUGUUUCUGCUUAUUUGAUUACCAUAGAUCACACAUUUUUACUGGAGGUCAUUGUUCCAAAAUAAAUGACUCAAACUCUCA